AAAAACUGCUGGAUGUGACAUAGCUCAGAGUUGUACCAGAAGCCUGACAUACUGUGGUCUGUAUGUGAGGUAGCUGGAAAUCCAGACCAGGAAGAGGAUUCCCACAGCCCCACACCUUCUGUAUGUGGUAGGCCUAGGGCUGACUAUGUCAACCGUGAAUUUAACAAAUUUUAUUUUAUUUAUUUAUCCUAGUCAACAUUUGCCUCACUACCCUGAAUAAGGAUAAGCGGUGGAAAGUGAAAACGAUAAAUAUAAACUUUUGCCACAGGGUUCCUCCCCACACGGUUCUCUGUUCUGACGUUAGUCGACGCGAACGACGCACGUACAGUUGUGUUGACAGCAGAGGGAGCGGAAGGAGUUGUCAAAACGGAGCACUAGUGCUAGCAUCGAUGCUAACGUUUAAGUCGAAUAGAGUGAAAUAAUGCUAUUUACUGCCAAAAUCUCCUAAUCGAAAAUAUAAUUGACAUAGUCCAUACGGCGACGCUAUGGCAGACGACCAGUCCUCUCAACAGUGGUCCAUAGACAAAGAUGACUACGAACUCAAUGAGGUGAUAGGGAGUGGAGCCACUGCAGUUGUCCAGGCAGCUUACUGCAAGCCACGGAAAGAGAAAGUGGCUAUCAAACGCAUCAACCUGGAGAAAUGUCAGACAAGUAUGGAUGAGCUGCGGAAAGAGAUCCAGGCCAUGAGUCAGUGCCACCAUCCCAACAUAGUGUCCUACUACACUUCCUUUGUGGUGAAGGAUGAACUGUGGCUGAUAAUGAAACUUCUCAGUGGUGGAUCUGUGCUAGACAUCAUCAAACACGUCAUCUCUCGUGGGGAGCACAAGUCAGGUGUUUUAGAUGAGGCCAGUAUUGCCACCAUCCUGAAAGAGGUCUUGGAGGCUGUGGAUUACCUUCAUAAAAAUGGGCAAAUUCAUCGGGAUUUAAAAGCUGGAAAUAUUCUUCUGGGUGAAGAUGGUUCAGUGCAGAUUGCUGACUUUGGAGUUAGUGCCUUUUUAGCAACAGGAAGAGACAUGACAAGGAACAAACUUAGGAAGACAUUUGUCGGGACGCCAUGUUGGAUGGCUCCAGAGGUCAUGGAGCAGGUUCGUGGCUAUGAAUUUAAAGCAGACAUCUGGAGUGUCGGAAUAACAGCCAUUGAACUCGCAACGGGUGCUGCACCGUAUCACAAAUACCCACCAAUGAAGGUACUGAUGUUAACAUUGCAGAAUGAUCCUCCUUGCCUGGAGACUGGUGUUACAGACAAGGAAAUGGUGAAAAAGUAUGGCAAAUCCCUGAGAAAGAUGAUUUCCUUAUGUUUACAGAAAGAUCCCGAAAAAAGGCCGUCUGCUGCCGAGUUGCUUAAGCACAAAUUUUUUACAAAAGCCAAGAACAAUGAGUACUUACAGGAGAAACUGCUUCAUAAAGGUCCAACAAUAUCAGAGCGAUCAAAAAAGGUGCGCCGUGUGCCCGGCUCCAGUGGCCGUCUCCACAAGACGGAAGACGGCGGUUGGGAGUGGAGUGACGAUGAGCUGGAUGAAGAGAGUGAAGAGGGAAGAGCUGCUGUGGCUGCUUUGCGGUCACCCAGAAUCAAGGAGGGCUCCCAGAAUAUGGAGCUUUUCCCACCAGCAGAUGGCGCCAACUUAUAUCUACAGCCACCUGGUGUCACUUCUGACACCUCUGCGGUUGCCGGGCAAACACAAGAGGACGUUCAACCUCAGACUCCUUCAAAGACGGGGACCCCAAUACAUGCACCCUCAGCUCAGGAUGAAGCCGGAGGUGAUGCCAGCGUCCCCAUCAGCCUUGUUCUAAGACUUAGGAAUUCCAAGAAGGAACUUAAUGACAUUCGGUUUGAGUUCAUGUCAGGCAGAGACUCUGCUGAUGGGGUUUCCCAAGAGUUGGUUACGGCAGGUUUGGUAGAUGGUAAAGACGUAGUCAUUGUUGCCGCAAACUUGCAAAAGAUUGUUGAUGACCCCAAUAGUCACAAGAAUGUGACUUUUAAAUUGGCGUCAGGUGUGGAAGAGUCCGAAAUACCCGAUGACAUCAAACUCAUCGGUUUCGCUCAGCUCAGCAUCAGUUAAGGUGAAACGCAGUCUGCAACGAGAGACAAACAGAAACAAGUUACAAUGCACAAAUGCAUUUUGGUCCAUUUCAAGAAAGCACUACUGCCAAAGAAAGAAAGGAAGGAAGGGGGACGACAAGGAGGCGGCUGUUGACCGUGAUGACGAAGAUGACGAUGAUGAUGAGGAGGAGGAAGAGUAGAAGUGGGGAUGAGGCAUGAGGUUGGCAAGAGGUCCAACCACAGCUGGAAGAGUCUCACGUCGUCACAGGAAUUCCACUUGAAACGUUAGCAGUGCUCUUGAACAGCAAAUGGGUGCUUUGUGUUCUUUGACUUUAUGUUCUCCAAAUAUUUUUUUUUUUUAGAAUUUCCUUCAUUUCACAUAGAUACAUGGCUCCGAACAACUAUCAGCACUAAAAUGUAUUGCCUUUUUUUUUAAACACUUAAUAGUCACAGUUAGUAGCUACAAAAUAAUCUUCCACAUUGUGAAGUGGUUUUGCUGAAAUAGAAUUUUUUUUUUUUUUUUUUUUUGUACUGCAGAUUUCACAUCACACCGAGAUCAGAUUUAACUACACUGACUCGUACUGUUGUUACAGAUGGUGUCAGGUGUUUUUGGCAAGCCUAAAAAUUUUUUUUUUUUUUUUUUUUGCUAGGGUUUUUUACUAUGCAAUAUCAUUUUUUUUAACCAUGUGGGACCAUGGGAUUCAAACAUCAGUUCUGUUGGAUUAGAUAAAUCAUUUUUGUUUGUUUGUUUGUUUUUUUUAACUCGAGGGGGGUUCAACUAAUGCAGCAUGAAUGACACUGGGAAUAAUUGAAACAGAACAACGACAAGUGUUACACAAGAACAGAAAAAUGCAAUUGCAACUUACCCACUUAGUGUGUGGGUUUUUUUUUUAAUUUCCAGAACCGGCAUGUGCUCCUUUGCAGAAGCUUUCAUCUUGUGUUAGCUUGCUUGCUAACACCAAACACAUAUGUGGUAAUAAUGGAAAAUACCAUAAUAAUGCAAGUUGAUUGAAGUAAUAAGGCCUUACAUUAUCAAGAAUAUUCAACAGUAGGAAUUCGAUUUUGGUUAAAGACGAUCAGUUCUAAUCGAAACACUAAUAUUUUCUCAACCGUAUUUUCCGGACUAUAAGUUUGACUCUUUUUUUUUUUUUUUCAUCCUCCGGCUUGGUUUGGCGACAUACCCAGCUGCGAUUUCUAUAUUAAAACAUAUAAUUUUAUGUUCGUUGUUUUCACCCUGACAGCCGCUAGAGGGCACUAGUGCAACUUAUACUCUGCAGCGACUAAUAUGUGUUUUUUUUUUUUUUCUUCUUAAUUGUGCAUUUUUUUUGGCAGGUGGGACUUAUACUCCGGAGUGAAUUAUACUCUGGAAAAUACGGUAUUUAAUAUUUUUUCAUUUUUAAGAAGCUGGCUUCCUCCUUGGUUUUUCCACUUCCGCUUUGUGUAUAUAAACCAUUUACAGACAGCUGGCCAACUAUGAUCUAAGAUCCAACUAAGACUUGCAGAAGCAGCCCUAACACAUUGUGUGAGUUGUGUAAAUAAAAGUUCAUUUCAACUCCAA